AGCUGCGGCUGCAUACCCAUUGCAGGCGUUACCCCACCAUUAAAACAUGAAUAGGUCUGCUGUCUGAAGAUAUUCUUUUUCUUUAUGACACUUUGACUCAUUUAAUGAUUGUUUUCCAACAACUCUGCUUCCAAGUGAUAUUACACAAUGGACAAAGACACAAUGUUGAGUCACAUCCUGCAAUCAAAGGGCAUGUCAACACUUCUUGGUGGAGAGCUGCCCAUCAGUGUGAUAAACAGCAAUAAAUACAUAUCACCGCUCACUUCUGAAGCUCAGGUGACAGACAAAAAUGUGGACGACAGCUCAACCUCUCUUGAUCAUGCCAUCCACACCGCUCUCACUGGUGAAAUCAAAACGGUCACACUGGUUGGUCCAGAAGGAUCAGGUAAAACAACAGCUCUGGAGAAGCUGGUUGUGGAUUGGGCAAAAGGAGAACACAUUCAAAACUUUUCUCAUGUGUUUCAUUUCCGGUUCAGGGAGAUGAACUCAAUUGAAGGGAUGCUUUCCCUGGAGACAUUAAUGCUAAACCAUCACAGUCAUAUCUCUCCUGAGUCCAUGCCACUUGUUCUACAGAGGCCUGAGACUGUGUUAUUUAUUUUUGAUGACUUCGAUCAGUACAAACACAGCCUGGACCCCUCUGUCCACACCCUCUGCUCUGACUCCAGCCAAGCAGCCUCAGUGUCCUGUUUAGUGGCCAGCUUGCUCCAUGGAUCACUGCUGAAAGGAGCAACCUGCCUGGUGGCAACCAGGCCAGUGGGAUGUCUGGAGUUUCUGAGUGGCACCCAGGUGGAAGUGUUAGGGUUUCUGAAGCCCCAGAGAGAAGCGUACGUUAAAGGGUUCUUUACCGACCAAACUGUUGCCAACAAAUCACUGAUGCACAUGGAAAGGACUCUAGGAUUUUAUGAUUUCUGUACCGCUCCUAGAUUUUGCUGGACGGUUUGCUCUAUGUACAAGUCUCUGAUCGAAGCUGGAGCAAAACUUCCUGAAACACUGUCUCAGUUGUAUGUAGAUAUCCUGAUGCACCUGAUUCAAAUGCUUUCGCUGAAUGAGGCAGGUGUCAGAGAACUAGUGCUGGCCCUUGGCAGGAUGGCUGCUCAUUGCUCUCUUUACCAGCAUUCGAGCUGCACCAAAGAAGAAAUGGAUUCCUUUGGUUUCCAGCGGUUUCUUACCUCUGAGAGCUCAGUGGGUGUUUUCUUGCAAAUAGAUGGUGACUUGGAGUCAGACAGAUGUGUCUUCUCCUUCCACUCCCAACUCAUACAGGAGUUUGUCUUGGCUGUGUCCUUCUUUUUGGAGAAGUCAACUUUUGAGAGUGUGGAGAAGAUGUUGGAAAAGCACAGAGGCCAUGCAAAGUUUCUGGAGUUCUUCUUGUCAGGGCUGUCAGAGUCAGUGCAGCGCAGGCCGCUGGAGACCCUGCUGGGGGAGUUCAACUCGGAUCAGAUCACAGAUUUCAAACGCUGGUUUAAAAGCAGUUCAGAAAGCACACUGAAAGGAUACUCCAAAGACCAGCACCAUCACUGCUACCAUCUGCUUCACCAAGCUCAAAAUGAGAGCCUGGUGAAGGAGAUCAUCACCCCCUCGGUACGAAUAGGCAUCAGCUAUGGUGACCUGAACCUCCAGGACUGUGCAGCACUGAAUUAUGUCAUCACGUGCCUCAGUGAGAUGGAGCUGCUGAAUCUGUACAAUACAAAGGAUUUGACGGAGGAGAAAGCAGAGAUCUUGGCUCCAGCUAUGAGCUUGUCACACAAGAUAAUCAUGUCACAAAGCUACCUGAAUACUGGAGCUGUCCCUCAUCUGGCCUCAGCUCUCAGCAGAGGAAACACCACGGAGCUGGAUCUCUCUCACACCCGCCUUGGUGAUGAAAAGUUUAAAGUUCUCUGCACUGGACUCAGAGACUGCAAGCUGCACACAUUAAAACUCGUAGCAUGCAGUCUGAUGGAGGCGGGCUGUGAAGAUCUGGCGUCUGUCCUGACCUCAGCCACCUCCCAGCUGCGCAUGUUAGAAAUGAUGUUUAACCAGAUCGGGGACCAGGGGCUCACAAAACUGUGCCAAGCACUGCAUAGCUCUCACUGCAAGCUACAGGAAAUCCAGCUACAAAGGUGCGAGUUGACUGAGGUGUCUAUGGAGUCUUUGUCAGCGGCUUUGUGUUCUGGCCAAUCAGUGCUGAGAAAAGUGAACCUUACACAAAACAGCAUUGGGGACCGUGGAGUGGAGGCUUUGUGCAAGUCCUUGCAACACCCACUUUGUAAUCUGCAGAGCCUCAUAUUGUUUGAUAGCAAUCUGACAGCCGCCUGCUGUGCUCAUUUGAUGGCGGCCUUGAUGUCAGAGCACUGCUCUCUGACAGAGCUAGAUCUGUCAGUGAAUGACUUGGGCCAGGAGGGGGCAUUACUGCUCUGCCAGGCUCUCAGUAGGGCCCAAUGCCGAGUAGAAACACUUGGGCUGCAACGAUGUGAGUUAACCCAGUUGGUCUUCGAGGAACUUGGCUCAUUGCUGAGAAAUGGGACCUCUCAACUUAAGUCCUUGUCUGUGGGUUUAAACCAAGUCGGAGACCAAGGGGUUAAACAUCUUUUGGAUGCCAUCGCACAUCCAAGCUGUCUGUUGGAGGUCCUGGAUCUUGAGAUGACAGGUUUGACGGAUGCCUGCGUUGAGGACUUGUGUGCUGCUGUAAGAGCCAGUAAGACUUUGAGGAGCCUGGAAUUGAGAAACAACUCACUGACUGAUGCUUCCGUGCCAGCCCUCAUCAAAGUCAUGCAGGACAGCCUCAACAUGCAGGAGAUGUGCCUGAGAUACAACGACUUCUCUGAGGAUGUUUUUGAAAUGUUGGACGAGUGUGAUAAAAUAAGAUACUGAAGGCGGCUUAGUCUAUCAAUCUUUCACGGUAA